CAGCCACCGUGUUCCAGCUCUGCUGCUGGUGGGUGCACCCUGUUUCAGGGGUGGCCAUGGAGGGGCAUCAGCCACCACUGCUGCCACCAACUCACCUGUGUGUGACACUGCCCACAGACACUGGGACGGCACCGAGGACACCUCCCAGAGGUCCACAGGUGUCUCCCAUGACAUGCUGAGGUCUCCUGCUGGCACCAGGGACCAAAUCCCACCUUGGCCACUAGUUGCCUCUGCAGAUGAGGGAUGGAAAAUCCCCAUCCCAGGCAGGUUGGAUGCAGAGCCCACCCAGGGUGAUGUCCCCAUGGACAUCAUGGACAUGCUCCCUGUCCCUCUGCACCCAGGCCACCAGCUCAGCCCACACAGAGGAGCUCUGGUGGAGUGGGGUGUUGGGGACACCUGAGAAAGGCAGGACACAGGGACACGUGUGUCUGUUCUGGUUGGGUCCAAACUGCUGUUCCCAGAUGGGCUCCCUGUCCUGCAGAACUGAGAGCAGGAUCAUGAUGGGACAAGAAUGGGGCACUGGGGACUGGGACUCUGUGGUGGGACUGGGAUUAUCCAUGGGAUCAUGACAAUGGGAUCAAAACUGUGGUGGGGCUAGGACCUCAUGUAGGACCAUGGAGAUGGGACCAGGAACAUCCAUGGGACCAAGGGUGAGUGGUGAGACCAGACCACGUGAUGAACUGGGACCAGGGCAAACUGUUUGAACCAGCACCAUGUCCAGGACUAAAACUACAUGGUGGGACCAGGACUAACUGGGGAUGGGACAACGUGAUGGGAUCUGAACCUUGCUGAGGACCAGGACCACAACUACAUGGUGGAACCUGCACCACACACGGGAAUGGGACUGAUUGGUGGAUGUGGGACCAGGUGGAUAUGGGACCAUGCUCAGAACCACCUGCAGGAUCAGUCUGAGUGGGACCACCGUGGGUCCAGCUGCCUCAGAGCCCCCUGGUCACAUGGUGACAGCUCUGGUGGUGUCCUCAAACACGGGGACACGGGAGGUUCCUGCUCACCCCAGCUCUGAGGAGCCCAUCAUGAACUUCACCCUGAGGCUCCUGGAUGGGGACCCCAGUGCCACAGGGCAGCCACUGGUGCUCAGCCCCAGCUCUGCCAUCCAUCUGGAAGCCAGUGUCAGCUUCAGUCCCAGCUUCUCCAUGAAGAUCCAUGUGGACCAGUGCUAUGGGACCACUGUGGAGCAGCCAGGACACUCCAGGAGGGUCUUCAUGGUGGUGAACAGCCAGGGGUGCCUGCAUGGGGAGAAGGUGGGAAGUGUGUCUGUCCAGCACCGGAGAGGGGGGUCUGCCCUCCAGCUCUCCAUCCUGGCCCCCACACUGGAGGGUGAGACUGAGGAGGAGGAGGUCUACGUGCACUGCCUGCUGACAGCGUGGGGACAAGGACACGCCACCAGGUCCUGCUUCUACAACCACACCACGGCCAGCUGGCACAACGCAGAGGACCCUUCCCAGAGUGCCCAGUGCCACUGCUGUGACACCAGCUGUCCCCAUGGUGACACCCUCCCAGGACACCUGCCAGCAUUCCCAGGUGAGGGGACACUCCACUGGGAGACAGUUGGACCAGUGCUGGUGCAGAAGGAGAAGGUGCCAUGGUACGAAGGGCCAUGCCACACCAUGAAGAGGUUCCUGCUGGCCGGGCUGGCCCUGGUGGGCAGUGCCGUGGUGGUGGUGGCCGCGGUGGGGGGGCUGCUGGGGCUGGCCCUGACCACCUGGCGCCUGGGCACACGCUGGCGGGGACAGCGGCCACCGAGGCAGAGGUCUCCUUUCCAGGCUGAGCUGCAGAGUGUGGUGGGGGCCCUGGUCCUCAGGGAGACAGGGAAACGGGGCGAGGUGGGACCAGACCCCCUUUCUCCACAAUAA